GCGAGGCCUGGCCAGGGGGACGCGGGUGUCCCCCAAGACAUCCAGGUGGCACAGGUACAAAAGGAGAAGCAGGCAGGCACAGCGUGGCCACGGGGACAUGCCAGCGCACCCGCAGCACUCAGCAACCACCUCGGGGCACCCCGGACACAGAUCCCUGUGAACAGCCAUGGCAGGGGAAGGGGAACUCAGCCGUGUCAUCAAGGACCUGCAGAAGACUGUGGCUGAGCUGAAAUGCCGCUACCAGGAGCAGAACCUGCCGGUGACAGACGGGAGCCGGGAGCUGCACAGCCUCUGUGCCCACCUAGAGUUUCUCCUCCAGUUUGACCUCAAGGAGAAGAGGAGCUUCUUUGGGCAGCGCAAGGACUAUUGGGACUUCUUGUGCCAGGGCCUAGCACGGUGCCGUCAGGAGCAUGAAGGCAUUCACUUCGUCACUUCCCUGGACAAGCUGAAGACCCCUGUGGGCAGGGGCCGAGCCUUUCUGCGGUACUGCCUGGUGCACCGGCAGCUGGCAGAGUCCCUGCAGCUCUGCCUCCUCGACCCUGAGAGUCUCUGUGAGUGGUACUACGCCCGUAGCCCCUUCCUGAGUCCCAAACGGCGAGCAGAGAUCCUGGGCAGCCUCUAUGAGCUGGACUGUGUCACCUUCCACCUGGCCCUGUACAGGGAUGACCUGGACACCGCCUGGCCCAUGUUCUCCGAGCCACUGGUACGGCCCAGCCCAGUGAUCAGGAGCAGCCCAGCAAAGACAGCCCUGCAGACAGACAGUAUCGGCACUGUGGCACAUGGAUUGUCCGAUGGCACUGGCCAUCCCACUGUGGCACUCCAUGGAACACCAGCCCAUCCAUGCCCACCCACUUUGGCUGCCCUGCAGGCAGAGAGAGUGGAAAUGGAAAAUAUAGACAAUGGGAAGGUGAAGAAGGACAUGGAAGAGGAGGAUGAAGAGGAGGUAGAGAAGGAUGACAGUGAGAAUACAAAGGAGAUGAAGGUGGAGGAUGUGGAAGUGGACAUGGAGGAGGAUUUGGAAGAGAAGGAUGAAGAGCUGGAGAAGGAUGAGAAGGAGAUGAAGGAUGUAGAUGUAGAGAAACUGGAGGAUGCACAUGGCACUGGCAAAGCAGCCCAGCCUGAUGGUGCUGGAGAGUCUGGCACGUCUCCACUGUCGACUGGCACAAGGUGCAUGCUGGGAUCCCUGUCACUGGUGCCCAGGCAGCCAGGUGGGACAGAGGAAUCCCUGCAGGCUCUGGUGUCACAGCUGAGGGCCGAGCUGGGUCAGCGUGAGGUGGCAGCACAAGCGCUGGCGGUGCGGCUGGCACGGGUGGAACUGUGGUACCAGCAGCAGGAGGAGGACAGUGCCCAGCGGGCCCAGCUGUGGGCACGCGAGGCUGAGGCACUGCGGGAAACCAACACCUUCCUGCAGCAGGCACUGGAGGCAGCGGUGGCAGCAGGGGACCCGGGGGCACUGGCACGGGCACAGGAGGAGGCACGGGGCUGGCAAGAGGUGGCAGAGGAGCAGGGUACCCGGCUGGCCAAGGUGCUGGGGGAGGCGGCGGUGCUGACCUCACGCCUGCAGGAAUGCCAGGAAGCACUGGUGGUGGCAGGACAGACGGACGUGCUGAAGGAUGCUGGUACCUCAAAUGAGGUGGCUGCCGUGGAGAAGGUGCUGCAGCAGGCACUGGAGCUCGCCUGUGGUCCCCAGGAGCCCCCAGCAGUCCCUCAGACAGAAGGGGAACCAAGCACGGUCACCAGCAUGGCCAUGUGCUUGGCCAGCCUGGCCGCCACAGCACAGGAGGAGAACUGGCAGAGCCGGCAGCAGCUCCAGGCUCAGCGACAGGAGAUGGCACGGCUGCAGGAGGAGCUCAGCAGGGCCCGGCAGGACGGUGAGCGCUGGGCAUCGGCGCUGCAGCGGGCGCAGCGGGAGGCGCUGGAGCGGGAGGCGACGCGCGGCGCCGAGCAGGCACGGCAGCAGGAGCUCAUCCGCGACAUGAAGGAGCGGCUGCUGGAGCUGCUGCGGGAGAAGGAUGCCCUGUGGCAGAAGACAGAGGGCAUUGACACCCCGAUGCCCAGUCCGGUGCCCCGCGACCCAGGGUUUUGUGCCCGCUGCCGCAAGGAUUUCCGUCUCCUCUCCCGGCGGUACAGCUGCAGGCUGUGCCAGGGCAAGGUGUGCCACACGUGCUCUGUGGACAUGGGAAAGCACGGCCGCUGCUGCCUGGUUUGCUACCAGCAAGGGCAACCGCAAGCUACGUGAGCAGGGACAGCAGCCCUGGCACCGUGUCUGGGACACCUUCUGCCCUGGCUGCCUCCUCUUGGACUUACUGGGUACCCAGGUGUCCAGGGCCUGCAUGCAGGCUCUGCUGCCCAACAUUUUGGGUUUGACAUGUGUC